GCUGCUACCUGUUUCCCUUCUUCACUCUCUCUGUAACCUUACUGGUAACUUUAGCACUGCACACCCCCUCAUCUAUAUAACCUACAUGUUGAGCCUCAAAUUGGAGACAUGCUUCAAACCCUCACCUCUUCUCACUGAAUUAUUUUAUAAUACUGGUUCGAAGACAAUACCACACUCCAAUGUCUGAGCACAAAACUGGUCUUAUGUCAGACCAGUUAUCGAAACCAACUUCAGUUUUUGGUUUAAGAUUGUGGGUUGUUCUUGGUGUCUGUGUAGGGACAGCCAUUGUGCUGCUACUUUUCUUUAUCACUCUCUGGCUUGCUUCCAAGUCCAAAAAGAGUACAAACAAUGAACCCAAAAUCCCUAUUGUAUCUAAAGAGAUUCAAGAAAUCAGAAUCGACCAAUCCAUUAAGCCUAACCGGGCGCAAAUGCAAACCCACCAAUUUCAAGACCAGGAAAUGAUUACUAGAAAGGAAAGGGGAGAUUUUUUGUUGCUUAUGCCACCAGAAGAAGAGAGUCCAGUGAAGUAUCAUGGGAUUCAGAUUGAUAUUGGUAAAGGGCAUUUGAUUUCUUAUCCGGGUUCUUCUGGGGAAGCACCACGUGGCGGUGGCGGUGGCAAUGGUGGUGGUGGGGACCAGGUGGCUGCUAUGAUGGUGCCUGAUGUGUCUCAUUUGGGGUGGGGGCAUUGGUAUACUUUGAGAGAGCUUGAGGUAGCGACUAAUUCUUUUGCUCAUGAGAAUGUUAUUGGUGAGGGAGGGUAUGGGAUUGUUUACCAUGGUGUUUUAGAGGAUAAUACUGAGAUUGCUGUCAAGAAUUUGCUCAAUAACAGGGGACAGGCUGAGAGAGAAUUGAAAGUUGAAGUGGAAGCCAUUGGAAGAGUAAGGCACAAGAAUUUAGUAAGGUUGCUUGGUUAUUGUGCUGAAGGAGCUCAAAGGAUGCUCGUGUAUGAAUAUGUGAACAACGGGCAGUUAGAACAAUGGCUUCAUGGUGAUGUAGGGCCUUGCAGUCCUCUUACUUGGGAAAUUAGAAUGAAAAUCAUCUUGGGAACCGCAAAAGGAUUAACUUACCUUCAUGAUGGACUUGAACCGAAAGUUGUCCACCGUGACAUAAAAUCAAGCAACAUUCUACUUGACAAGCAGUGGAAUCCCAAAGUUUCAGACUUUGGCCUUGCCAAGCUCCUUUGUUCAGAUAGCAGCUACAUUACAACCCGUGUAAUGGGAACAUUUGGAUAUGUAGCUCCCGAGUAUGCAAGUUCAGGCAUGCUGAAUGAAAGAAGUGAUGUGUAUAGUUUUGGGAUUCUUAUUAUGGAAAUUAUCUCUGGAAGGAACCCAGUGGAUUAUAGCCGGCCUCCAGAAGAGGUGAACUUGAUCAAUUGGCUUAAGAGGAUGGUUAGUAACAGGAAUCCAGAGGGGGUAUUGGAUCCCAAACUACCUGAGAAACCUCCUUUGAGGGCAUUAAAGCGGGCUCUUCUUGUUGCAUUACGCUGUGUUGACCCGAACGCACAGAAGCGACCAAAAAUGGGCCAUAUUGUACACAUGCUUGAAGCUGAUGACUCCCCCUUCAGAGAAGACUGUAGAGGAGGAAGAGACGUAGGACACACACACGGUGACAGUCCCAAGGAUGGAUUGGUAGAGAAGCAAGUGAUGGAAAUUAGUAUGAAAACGGUCGCACACUGAUAAGGCAAGACAAAGACAUCAAGAAUACCGAGAAAAAAUCUGUUGAGGGAGAUUUACCUGAGCUAGAUGAAGUGGAUAAAGAAAUAUUUUACUGCCUGCUGCUCCAGCUAGAUGCUUGCGGCCUUGUGCAAAAGGCCUACUACAUCAUCCAACUCUGUGGCCAUGACUUAUGUUUCCUUACCUCUAUUAGUUAUAGCUUCCGUGGCUGCGCAGUAUACGGCUCCAUAUCAUGUUCAAAUGUCAAAAUCAAGGGCUUUUUGCUUAGAAGCUUUGAGGUCUGCCAUGUAAUUCACGCACGCUAUUGCUUGACUCGAUCAUCGUUAAAAAAAGAAAGAAAAAGAAAUUGAAAGAUUA